UUCGGGGUCCGAAUCAAUAGUACACCGUACGGAGUUGCUGAAGCAAUCAGGAGGGCCGCCGUCAGCACGCAGGUCGGAGCAACAGAAAGUCCGACCACAGCCGCCCCGCAGCCUUGGCCAAGUCUGCUGAAUCCUUCGUCCCCUCUUCUCUUCUGUCCCGAGUCCUUUUAUUCUCUUCCCCCCCUCCAUUCUCCCAUCUCCUCUUUCUCUGCUUAUCCUUUUCCUCAUCACAUAGCAACCAUGGCUGCCCCCGCUCAGAAGUUCAAGGUCGCCGACAUCUCCCUGGCCGCCUUUGGCCGCCGCGAGAUUGAGCUCGCCGAGAUUGAGAUGCCCGGUCUCAUGGCCAUCCGCCGCAGAUACGCUGCUGAUCAGCCUCUGAACGGUGCCCGCAUUGCCGGUUGCCUGCACAUGACCAUCCAGACUGCUGUCCUCAUCGAGACCCUCGUUGCUCUUGGUGCCGAGGUCACCUGGACCAGCUGCAACAUCUUCUCCACCCAGGACCACGCCGCUGCCGCCAUUGCCGCCGCCGGUGUCCCUGUCUUCGCCUGGAAGGGUGAGACUGAGGAGGAGUACAACUGGUGCUUGGAGCAGCAGCUCAACUCCUUCAAGGAUGGCAAGAAGCUCAACCUCAUCCUCGAUGACGGUGGUGACUUGACCUCCCUCGUUCACCAGAAGUACCCCGAGCAGCUCCAGGGUUGCUACGGUCUGUCCGAGGAGACCACCACCGGUGUUCACCACCUGUACCGCAUGCUCAAGGAGGGCAAGCUCCUCGUCCCCGCCAUCAACGUCAACGACUCGGUCACCAAGUCCAAGUUCGACAACCUGUACGGUUGCCGUGAGUCCCUCAUUGACGGUAUCAAGCGCGCCACCGAUGUCAUGAUUGCCGGUAAGGUUGCCGUCGUUGCCGGUUACGGUGAUGUCGGUAAGGGAUGUGCCGAUGCCCUGCGCAGCAUGGGUGCCCGCGUCCUGGUCACCGAGAUUGACCCCAUCAACGCCCUCCAGGCUGCUGUCCAGGGUUACGAGGUCACCACCAUGGAGGAGGCUGCUCCCCAGGGUCAGAUCUUUGUCACCACCACCGGUUGCCGUGACAUUCUCGUUGGCAAGCACUUUGAAGUGAUGCGCAACGACGCCAUUGUUUGCAACAUCGGUCACUUUGACAUUGAGAUCGACGUUGCCUGGCUCAAGGCCAACGCCAAGUCGGUCCAGAACAUCAAGCCCCAGGUUGACCGCUACACCAUGGCCAACGGCCGUCACAUCAUCCUGUUGGCCGAGGGUCGUCUGGUCAACCUUGGCUGUGCCACUGGCCACUCUUCCUUCGUCAUGUCCUGCUCUUUCUCCAACCAGGUCCUGGCUCAGAUUGCUCUGUUCAAGGCCGAGGACGUUGCCUUUGGCCAGAAGUACGUCGAGUUCGGCACCUCGGGCAAGAAGCCCGUGGGUGUGUACGUGCUCCCCAAGGUGCUGGAUGAGCAGGUUGCUCUGCUCCACCUGGAGCACGUCAACGGCAAGCUGUCCAAGCUCACCCCGGUCCAGGCCGAGUACCUGGGUCUGGAGGUGACUGGACCUUUCAAGGCCGACCACUACCGCUACUAAACUACUUAAGACCUGACCUAGCUUCAACAUUCACGAUGUUACGACGACAUAAAGGGUUCUUUAUCAACAUGGGGCUCAAAAGCAUUGUCUUCAACGGCAAAUAAAAGUCGCUGGUUUCUGGAUACAGGGUGGAGUAUUGCAUUCAACAGUGCGGAUGAUACCACUACAUAGGUUAAUUGAUUGAAUCUUUGUCUGUCUUGUAAUACUAUGAACCAUCCAAUAGUUUAAUCAAGGUGGUUCCUACGGCCUGUGCAAACUCGGGAUGAUUGACAUCGCGGGGGUGUCGAGUGACCGUAAUUCCAGUAUUCUGCAACUCUUUCUCCAGGGUGUCAAAGAGGGCCUCAUUCGCCUGGGGAUCAUGAAACUGCUGCCCCGGCACGUCCAUCAUACU